AUGCCGGAGAAUGAGCUGGAUGAGGAAGAGUUCAACAAAGUGAUAUCGGAGAAGUAUUAUGUCGAUUCGAACAAGAAGCGCGAUUUGUUGAAUCUUAUACCAUACAUCGACCUGACAACACUGAACGGAGAUGAUACAAAUGCUGUUGUUAAAUUAGCGAUUGCUGAUGGUGCUGAUGAGAUUGAUGUCGUGAUAAGCCGAGAUGCUGCAUUGGAACAGGACUGGAGACGUGAGUGA